AUGAUUCGUUCUUUAUUUUUACCAAAAUCUCAUAGAAUAUCAAUGGGUAGAAAACGCGAUAAUCUACCUUUACUUGAUUUACCAGUUGAUGAUUCACAAAAUGAUACCAAUACAACAUCAAUACCAACAAUUGAUAUUGAACAAUCACCAUCAAGAACAACAAUGUCUAAUGGAACUUGUUUACAUGAUCAUGCAGCACAUUUACGUGCAAAAUUACGAUUUUUUUUAAUGUCACCAUGUUGGAAAUGGCAUUUAAAACGACAAUGUCCAUGGAAAGCAUGGUUUCAAUUUUUUAAAAUUAUUAUUGUUACUACACAGUUAAUUCUUUUUGGUAUUGAAAGACAAUCACAUGUUAUAUUUAUGUCUGAAAGUAAUAUAACAUUUCAUCAUCUAUUCGUUCGUGAUUGGACUUCAAAUGAUGAAACAUUACCAUAUCCAAGAGCAUCAGGAGAUUUUGCUGUUUAUACUUAUAAAGAUUUUAUACAUUCAAUUAAUUAUGUUGUACAUCGAUUUAGUCAUUUAACAAAUAUAUCAUUGGGUUUAUUUGAUUAUCAUGAUCAUUCAACACAAACACCAUUUAAUUUUGAUUCAGAAUCAAAUGAACAUUUUAUUACAUUAUGUUUAGAUCGUUUUAAAACAUGUCGAAUUGAUCCAAUUUGUUUUAAAUUUAAUGCAACAAAUAAUUUUGAUGUUGAAGAAUAUUUAUUAAACGUACAUAAUGAAACAAUAAGUUUUUGUGGACUUAAUUCAUUAACACUUGAAUUUUCUCUACAUGCUAUACAACUUAAAAAUCAAAAACUAUUUAGUUUACCUGAUUGUUAUCAUUUUACAGUUAAAAUAACAUUUGAUAAUAAUGCUCGAACAGGAAAAAUUCGACAACAUCUUGAUUCUCAAGCACAAUUUCGUACAUGUAAUCGUAAAUUAAUUCAUCAAGAUUCUAAUUUUACAUUAAAACGACGUAAUUUAUUAGUUGGAUUGGAUUGUAUAGUUUUAUUUAUAACAAUUAUUUCAUUUAUACUUUGUAUACGAUCAUUAUGGUUUGGUCAUCGUUUAUGUAAAGAAAUUCGUUUGUAUUAUAGUAUAGCACGAGCUGCAGAAAAGCCAUUAACUUGGAGUGAAUUACAAAUUUUUUAUUCAUAUUGGUAUUUUCUUAUGAUAAUAACAGAUUUAAUGGUUAUACCAGGAACUAUUAUUAAAAUUGGAAUUCUAUUUAAAGUGAUGGAUAUGUAUAAUGCAGCUGGUUUAUUACUUGGUCUCAGUAGUCUAUGUUCUUGGAUUGGUAUUCUACGUUAUUUAUCGUUCUUUCCUAAAUACAAUCUUUUAUUUGUAACAAUUCAAAAAACAUUACCAUUUAUUCUUCGUUUUCUUUUAUGUGCUUUUAUUAUUUAUUGUGGAUUUAUAUUUUGUGGAUGGAUUGUACUAGGUCCUUAUCAUACAAAAUUUCGAACAAUAUCAACAACAUUUGAAACCUUAUUUGCAUUAAUUAAUGGUGAUGAUAUGUAUUCAACAUUUGCUAAUUUAGAAACUGAAUCGAUUUAUGUAUGGGUGUUUUCUGAAAUAUACUUAUAUUCAUUUAUAUGUUUAUUUAUUUAUGUUGUAUCAAGUUUAGUUAUUGCAUUAAUUAUUGAUGGUUAUGAUACAGUUAAGAAAUAUUAUGCGGAUGGAUUUCCAAAAAGUCGUUUACAAAAAUUUAGUGAAGAAGAUACUCCUCGAUGGUCAGGUCCACAUGAUUGGCAAGAUUUAACAACAGCAAUGGAAGCACGAUCAGUUUGUCUUCCAUGUUGUUUCAAAACUCCAAAAUAUAUUGCAGACAUGAUAACAGCAGAUACAUAUCUCAAUCGACAUGUUAAUUCGUUUAUUUAA